UUCAAACACUAAUGCCCACAUACGUUUGGAGGCUCCCGAAGAGCAUUAUACCCCCAAAUAUAAGCCUGGUUUUGUACGCUCGGCAAUAGAAAGCGUUCCCGAAGAUGAUUCUUUGGAACCCUUAAGUCGUUUAAGCAUGGCUCCCACUUUUGGUGAAGUAUUCUUACCUUUACGCAGUGCUGUAGAAAGUGUACCCACCAUUAGCACCCGUUCGAUAGCAGACUUGAAAGAAUCUUCCUCCGUAAGACAUUUUGUAAGAGACGCUGUUGAGUCUUUUCCCGAAGAUGAAGAUGAUGAGUUCAUUGAAGAGGAGGAAUAUUCAGCCAGUAUUAGAGAUUCUUUGGUAGCAGAAGCCAUGCCAGAGAAAUUGGUUUUAGAAGAACCCGAACCAGAGCCAGAGUUUGAAGUUGAAACUUUCCAGCAACCGGAUGCCUGGUCGGUUUCUGACAAAUAUGCCGCCUAUAUAAUACCCAAUAAAAAUAAUGAUUAUGUGGAAACUUUGCUGCCAGAACCCUUCCGUUCGGAUUCGCCCUUUCAACAGCUGGUUAAGGCUUCUGAGGUCUCGCAAAUCGACCAGGUUGAAGAUGUGGCUAAAGUAAGAGACAAGCUUACUGCAUAUGGCGCCUUGUCCUAUGUACGUUCCCAGGAACAUGAAGAUGAUGCCGAAGACACUGAAGAUACCAGACCUUAUGGAGCUUUGGUCCAAAUUAAAGACGGCAAACCGCCACGCAAAAAUUUCAAUAAUUCUCCCGAAGUUUUGUGUUAUAUUACCAACUGGGCUUUCUAUCGCAAAGCCGAUGGCCAGUUUGUUCCAGAAUACUUGAAGAACAAACGUUUGUGUACAAAACUUAUUUACUCCUUUGCUUCCUUGGAUCCGGAUCAUCUUAAUAUUAAGGAAUUUGAUCCUUGGGUGGAUAUUGACAAUCAAUACUAUAGCCGCAUGGUGGCAACUGGUAUUCCAGUGUUAAUAGCCAUGGGUGGUUGGACUGAUUCUUUUGGUGAUAAAUAUUCCCGUUUGGCGGCUGAUGAUAUUAAGCGUAAAGUAUUUGCUUCCAAUUUGGUGGGUUUCCUUCAACGUCAUGGUUUCUCGGGUCUGCAUUUAGAUUGGAAUUAUCCCAAAUGUUGGCAAAGUGAUUGCUCCAAAGGACCAGCUAGUGAUAAACCCAACUUGACCAAAUUACUGCGUGAGAUACGUUCGGAAUUUGAAAGGGUGGAUAAGAAACUGAAAUUGGGUGUGGCCAUUUCUGGUUACAAGGAGAUAAUUAGCGAGGCCUAUGAAUUCCCUGAGCUGUCCAAAAUUGUAGAUUAUAUGACGGUAAUGUCUUAUGAUUAUCAUGGUGCUUGGGAAAGACAAACGGGCCAUGUUAGUCCUUUGUAUGGACGCAAGGGCGACAAAUAUCCUCAAUAUAAUACCGAUUACACCAUGCAAUUGCUGUUGAAAUUGGGUGCCAAGAAAGAGCGCAUUAUUAUGGGCAUACCCUUUUAUGGCCAGACUUUCACUUUGCAACGAGAUAGCAAUCAGUUGGUGGGUGAGGGUACUGCUGCUAUUGGUCCCGGUGAUGCUGGAGAGUUUACCAAACAACCGGGCAUGUUGGCCUAUUAUGAAAUAUGUCAGCGUAUACGCAAACAGAAGUGGUUGACAGGUCGUGAUACUGAACGUAAAUCGGGACCUUAUGCCAUGUUCCGCAAUCAAUGGGUGGGCUAUGAGGAUGCAGCUUCGGUGGAGGCUAAAGCUAGAUAUGCUGUUAAUGCUGGUUUUGGUGGUGUUUCUGCUUGGACUGUGGAUUUGGAUGAUUUCCAAAAUCGCUGCUGCAGUGAAUCUUUCCCUCUACUUAAGGCCAUCAAUCGAGCUUUGGGUCGUGAGAGCAGUGAACCACCGACUCGAGUUAAUUGUGCUAAGCCUGCAGUACCAGUUACUCCCAUACCGCCCGUUAUGACCACAGUUAGUAGUGAUGGCUCCUCAGGUGGUGGUUUAAUUCACGAUCACACCACAGCCAAUCCGGCCUGGCAAUCACCUUCCACAACGACCUCAACUACCACGCCUAAGACCUCCACUAUCUGGUGGUCUCCACCUUCCACUACCACUAGCACCACACGCAGACCUACUACCACCAGCAAACGUCCCACAGUUACCCAAAAGCCCACCCAAAUAACUCAAAAACCCACCACCAUUCCAGCACCAGCUGUGGUAAGACCUGUUAUUCAAGCUUCAAAUUGUGUAUCUGGUGACUUCUAUCCCGAUCCCACCAACUGCAAUGCUUACUAUCAAUGUAUAGUAGCCGGAGAAGUUAGACAACAGUUUUGUCCCGGAGGCUUACAUUGGAAUAAUAAUGAUAAGAAUUGUGAUUGGCCCGCCUCGGCAAAAUGUACGGUGAAAAAGAAGCCCUCAUCAACAACCAAGCCUCCUCCCAGGCAGACUUCUACCGCCAGAACUACCACCACUAGAAAGACAACACAAGCUCCACCCAAACGCACUACCACUUCCUCCUAUUGGUCUAGCUCAAGACCCACGAAACCCAUAACUACACGCAAACCUGCCGCUAAUAAACCUCAUCGUCCCGCCAUGAGUGCUAAAUGCAAUGAAGGAGAGUACUACAGCCAUCGUAAUUGUGGCCAAUACUAUAUAUGCAUUAAUGGUGUGUUGGUGCCCAAUUCCUGUGGCAGCAAUUUGCAUUGGGAUGGUGUUAAGAAAAUCUGCGAUUGGCCGGAAAAUGUCAAGUGUGUUACCACGAAAAAAUACCUAAGAAUUGUACAAUCGAAAGCCAAUCCCGAGGAUCCUUGUAAUGGCGAGGAGAGAGUUCCCUAUCCAGGAGAUUGUUCGAAAUAUUUAUUCUGCCUAUGGAAUCGUUUGCAAGCAGCUGAUUGUGGUCCUGGCUUGCAUUUCAAUGAGGCCUCGGGUCAGUGUGAUUGGCCCAAUGCGGCAAAAUGCAGCAAUGAGGGAGCAGGAGGUGAUACAAAUGAUAUUAAUCCUGCCAAACCCAAGCCCGCACCUACAACUGCCAAGCCUACCACCACCUCCAUGAGACCUACAUAUCCCACGGACAAACCCUCGCUACAGCCUUUGGAUGGUUACUAUAAGGUGGUGUGUUAUUUCACAAAUUGGGCUUGGUAUCGCAAGGGUUUAGGACGUUAUACACCCGAUGAUAUUAAUGCUGAUUUGUGUACUCAUGUAGUUUAUGGUUUUGCCGUUUUGGAUUACUCCGAAUUGAUCUUAAGAACUCACGAUUCUUGGGCUGAUAUUGAUAAUAAUUUCUAUACUCGGGUCAGUGGUUUGAAGAGUAAGGGCAUUAAGGUCAGUUUGGCUUUGGGUGGCUGGAAUGAUUCUCAAGGAGAUAAAUACAGUCGUUUGGUACGCAGUCCCCAGGCUAGAGCACGAUUUGUUAAACAUUCCUUGGACUUUAUGGAGAAAUAUGGUUUUGAGGGUUUGGAUUUGGAUUGGGAGUAUCCGGUGUGCUGGCAGACGGAUUGCACAAAGGGUAUGCCCGAUGAAAAAGAAGGUUUCACAGCUUUAGUCAGAGAGCUAUCGGAAGCGUUUGUGCCCAGAGGUUUACUGCUUUCCACAGCCGUAUCACCCAGCAAGAAAAUAAUCGAUGCUGGUUAUGAUGUUCCGGAACUGUCGAAAUAUUUCGAUUGGAUAGCUGUUAUGACUUAUGAUUUCCAUGGCCAGUGGGAUAAAAAGACGGGUCAUGUUGCGCCCUUGUAUUAUCAUCCUGAAGAUGAAUAUGAUUACUUCAAUGCGAACUACUCCUUGAAUUAUUGGAUUGAAAAGGGUGCUCCCUCACGUAAAAUUGUUAUGGGUAUGCCUUUAUAUGGCCAGUCAUUUACCUUGGAAAAUACACGCAAUAAUGGUUUGAAUGCCAAGGCUCCAGGACCCGGAAAAGCAGGAGAAUUUACAAGAGCAGCUGGUUUCUUGGCCUACUAUGAAAUCUGUGACCGUGUUAAACAUCAAGGCUGGGAGGUGAUACAAGAUAAACAAGGUCGUAUGGGUCCAUUUGCCCGCAAGGGUAACCAAUGGGUGUCUUAUGAUGACAAAGCCAUGAUACGCAAAAAAUCACAAUUGGUGAGAGCUUUGGAUUUGGGCGGUGGAAUGGUAUGGGCUUUGGAUUUGGAUGAUUUCCGCAAUCGUUGUGGUGAAGGAGUACAUCCUUUGCUAACACAAAUUCAUGAUGUUUUAAAAGAUCCUCCCGCAGGUCAUGAACCAACACGUACGUUGCUAAAAAAAUAAAUCAAAACUCUUUUCAAACAAUUAUUUUUUUCCAUUUCAGCUGGUUUAACUCCCCCUUCUGAGCCAGAAUCUGUGGAAGAAGUGGUAAACUCUCAGGAAAUAGUAUAUCCCAUGGAAAUUGAAACUGGUCAAGGUGUCAGCGAACAAGAAACUAUCUCGGGUAGCAUUGAAAACGUGGUAGAUCCCAAUGAUGAUGUUGAGGAAACUGAUUUUGAGGUAGUAACUGCUGAACAAGAAUCUAGCGAAGAAGCUGUUUCUACACAAGACUUUAAGGUCGUGUGCUACUUUACCAACUGGGCUUGGUAUCGCCAGGGAGGUGGAAAAUACUUACCCGAGGAUAUAGACUCUGAACUUUGUACCCAUAUUGUUUAUGGCUUUGCCGUGCUCAAUCGCCAAUCUUUGACCAUACAACCUCAUGAUUCUUGGGCCGAUUUGGAUAACAAAUUCUAUGAACGUGUUGCGGCCUAUCGUAAAAAGGGCACAAAAGUAACGGUGGCCAUUGGAGGCUGGAACGAUUCGGCUGGUGAUAAAUAUGCUCGCUUAGUAAGAAGUUCACAAGCUAGGGCUCGUUUCAUACGUCAUGUUAUGGAGUUUAUGGAAAAGUAUGGUUUCGAUGGUUUAGAUUUGGACUGGGAAUAUCCAGUAUGCUGGCAAGUUGACUGUAAGAAGGGUACUUCAGAUGAAAAGGAAGGAUUCUCAGAUUUGGUUAAGGAACUGUCGGAUGCUUUUAAACCUAAAGGCUUGCUGCUCUCGGCUGCUGUAUCGCCAAAUCAAAAGGUUAUUGAUGCCGGCUAUGAUGUGCCCAAACUAACGAAAUAUUUCGAUUGGAUUGCUGUUAUGGCCUAUGACUACCAUGGUCAGUGGGAUAAGAAGACAGGUCAUGUGGCUCCUAUGUAUGAUCAUCCCGAAGGUACCGAGGGUUUCAAUGCCAAUUUCUCCAUUAACUAUUGGUUGGAAAAGGGUGCCGAUCGCAGUAAAUUGAUUAUGGGCAUGCCUAUGUAUGGCCAGUCUUUCUCCUUGGCUGAGGCCAAAAAUCAUGAGCUGAAUGCUCAAACUUAUGGUGGCGGUGAGGCGGGAGAAGCUACUCGUGCUCGAGGUUUUCUGUCAUACUAUGAAAUUUGUUCUUACAUACGCAACAAAGGCUGGAAUGUGGUUAGAGAUCCCCGUGGUAGAAUGGGCCCAUAUGCUUAUUUAAGAGACCAAUGGGUAUCAUUUGAUGAUGCUCCCAUGAUACGCCAUAAAUCGGAAUAUGUUAAGGCUAUGGGCUUGGGAGGUGCUAUGAUUUGGGCUCUAGAUUUAGAUGAUUUCAAAAAUGAUUGCAAUUGUGAAUCGUAUCCUUUGCUGAAGACCAUUAACCGGGUAUUGAGAAACUAUCCAGGUCCUCAUCCCCAGUGCAUGUUGGAAACCAAAGAUAAACUAAUGAUUGCUGGUUCCAGUUCAAAACCUAUGACACAACCCAAACCCAAACCUACUUCUGUUACUCAGGUGCAGUCCCAACAAAUGCUGGCCAAACCUACAAAACCUACACAGGCUCCGGUUAAAAUGGAAUGUUUGGGUAGAAACUAUGCUCCUCAUGACAGAGACUGUAAUAAAUAUUACAUUUGUCAGUAUGGAGAGUUGGUGGAACAAAAAUGUCCUGCUGGUCUUUACUGGAAUGAUAACUACUGCGAUUGGCCUCAAGCGGUCAAGUGCAUGAUAAGAGAUGAUCAAACUACUCACCGUCCAGCAGCAGCCAGACCUAAGCCCACCAAACCAGUUGCCACCACAAAAGCUCCAGCUAAAACCACAAAGAGACCUAUAGCACCACCCAAUAAAAAGCCAGUGGCUCGUCCCAAACCGAAACCCACACCCGCCGCACCACCCCUAAGCAGCAAUGAACAGUACAAGGUGGUUUGCUACUUUACCAAUUGGGCCUGGUAUCGUCGGGGUGAGGGUAAAUAUGUUCCCGAAAAUAUUGAUGAAAAUCUCUGUACACACAUUGUUUACGGUUUUGCUGUGCUCAACAGCAAUGCUUUGACCAUUAAGACCCAUGAUUCUUGGGCGGAUAUAGACAAUCGUUUCUAUGAAAGAGUAGUGGCCUAUAAAAAUAAGGGUAUACGUGUUACCGUAGCCAUUGGAGGUUGGAAUGAUUCUUUGGGUAGUAAAUAUGCUCGUUUGGUUUUGGAUCCUCAGGCUCGUCAGCGGUUUAUUGAAAGUGUCUUGGCUUUCUGUGAGAAAUACGGUUUCGAAGGUUUAGAUUUGGACUGGGAAUAUCCAGUAUGCUGGCAAGUGGAUUGCACUAAGGGCUCGUCUGCGGAAAAGGCAGGAUUUGCUUCGCUGGUAAGAGAACUUUCGGCGGCAUUUAAACCCAAGGGUUUACUGCUAUCAGCAGCAGUGUCGCCCAGUAAAAAGGUCAUAGAUGCAGGCUAUGAUGUACCCACUUUGUCGCGUUAUUUCGACUGGAUAGCGGUCAUGACCUAUGAUUUCCACGGACAUUGGGAUAAACAAACCGGUCAUGUGGCUCCCUUGUACUAUGUAGAAGGUGAUGAAAAUCCCUAUUUCAAUGGCAACUUUAGCAUCAACUAUUGGAUUGAGAAGGGUACACCGCCAGAGAAACUCAUAAUGGGUAUGCCUUUAUAUGGUCAGUCCUUCUCUUUGGCCGACACCAAUGCCCGCAGCCUAAACGACAAAUCGGUGGGUCCGGGUCGUGCCGGAACAUACACACGAGCUGGUGGCUUUUUGGCCUACUACGAAAUCUGUGAACAAAUCAGCAAUGGCGGCUGGACGGUGAUACGCGAUCCCCAGGGCAGAAUUGGUCCCUAUGCCUACAGCGGUAAUCAAUGGGUAUCCUACGAUGAUGUCAAUGAUAUAAGACGUAAGUCUCAAUUUGUGAGAAAAAUGAGAUUAGGCGGCGGCAUGGUUUGGGCCUUAGAUUUGGAUGAUUUCCGUGGCCGAUGCGGCUGUGGCAAACAUCCUUUGUUGCGUACUUUGAAUCAAGAACUACGUGGCAUACCGGGCCAGAGAGCGAAUGAUUGUACAUGAGGAGAGUGCUAGGGAAUGAACAAAAACUUUAUGGGAGGUUUUUAGUUAAGUAAUGUGCCAAUAUAUAAAAAUGUAUGAUUAUAACUCAGAUUUUUUUUUAGUAUUUAAGUAAAAUUCUUUAGAAUUUUAAGCGAAAGUAAAAUAUUCGAAUAAUUAUUAUGAUAAAAUAUAUAGGUUAUAUAUACUAUGUACGUACACGAUUUGAAAUAAACGAAAAUAAAUUAAUAAUAAUAUGUAAAA